GCGGAAUCUCACUGGCUCCCGCAGCGAGGCUCCCAUUCAGACCCGAGUGAGGCCUGCGAGCCGCGGAGGUCGCCAUUGGGCUGCUUUCUUGUCCGUCAGAUUUGGGAGGGGCGUCUUGUUUUUUUUUUUGUGUGUUUUUUUUUUUUUGUUUUGUUUUUUUAUAUUUAUUUAUUCCCCUGUUGCCUCGGUACGGAAGCCGAGCGGGGACCGGCUGGUUACGCAGCGGCCGCGGGUCACCACCCGAGAGAAUGGCGGCUGGAAUCUGCUCCGGGUCGCGGUGAAGGGGGUGAGAGAGAGAGAGAAGAGGAGACAUGCCGGAGAUGGUGAAGAAAAAACAAAGAGACGCAAGUUCUGUGAUUUGGUGUCGCUGCUUGUGUUGCUUUCCCCCACAGCCUAAGAAAUUGUGCCUGUAGUUUUUAUCAAACCCCACGUUUCCACUUUCAGCGUUCUCGAUGGAGCAAGUUUGUUUUUUUGUGAUGCACACAUGAGGGCUGAGGGAAGCUGAUGAAAACCCCGCACGGUCCACAUCAUCGGGCGAUAUUUUCAUCUUCCCUGUGCGCGUUUUUUUGGGGGGUGGGUUCGGGGGAACAGCUGCAGUCCACGGAUGCCAGCGUUUGGCCUGUCUGCGAUGGGGAAGAAUUUCCACAAUGAAACCCUCCGAGUCUUUGUGCUCUGCAUUAGUUGAGCAAUGACAGCGCUGUUGACGAGCCCGUUCAAAACGGGACGCGGAUGGUGAGCGCAGUGGGGAGGGGGGGGGAGGAAACAUUUUGACUUUAUUUCAAUGACGCGUGGAGAUUGAUAUCCCUUACCAGCUGAUUAAAAACCCACGAUGCGCGAGUAUAAAGUGGUGGUCCUGGGCAGCGGUGGAGUCGGGAAAUCAGCCCUCACCGUGCAGUUUGUCACCGGGACGUUCAUCGAGAAGUACGACCCCACCAUAGAGGAUUUCUACCGCAAGGAGAUCGAGGUGGACUCCUCGCCCUCGGUGCUGGAGAUCCUGGACACCGCCGGUACGGAGCAGUUCGCCUCCAUGCGGGACCUGUACAUCAAGAACGGACAGGGCUUCAUACUGGUCUACAGCCUGGUCAACCAGCAGAGCUUUCAGGACAUAAAGCCCAUGAGGGAUCAGAUCAUCAGAGUGAAAAGGUACGAGAAGGUCCCCGUGAUCCUGGUGGGAAACAAGGUGGACCUGGAAAGCGAGAGGGAGGUGUCGUCCGGCGAAGGCCAGGCCCUGGCAGAGGAGUGGGGCUGCCCCUUCAUGGAGACCUCGGCCAAAAGCAAAACCAUGGUAGACGAACUGUUUGCAGAAAUCGUUCGGCAGAUGGACUACGCCGCCCAGCCAGACAAGGAUGACCCCUGCUGUUCCUCGUGCAAUAUACAAUAACCCCCCUGGGGGGUCUUUUGACUUACAGGAGACAGACUGGCUCUUAGACACACACACACAUGCACACGUCAGCUACAUUUAGGACAAAUUCACGUUUGAAUGCAAUUGAUAUCAGCUCAGCGGAGCAUAAAAACUCUCUGACACGAUAAUUAAUAAGGACAGGUGAGUAGCGCAUACAUCUUGGAUGAGAAAAAAACAAAGGAUAUGCCACAAGAGAAUUUGACAAACGAUAAAGUGGAACAUGCCCUCGCCUUAUGUUAGUUUCUUUGUUGUUUGUUUUGAUCUGUUCAGGUAUUGAGGAGACAGAUCCUUGGCAAAUAAUCACAGCCUGCAGUCUUCACACAGAGAUCCAUUUCUCUUUUUCCACAACUUGACUCCACAUGAAUCUAAUAAAGCUUUCCUGGAAACCACCCAUUUCAGAUAUUUCAGAGUACUAGAGAUGCCAUAUGUAAUUUUUUUUUUCCUCCAGUUUAGUUUGUGCAGUUUUUCUACUCAUCACAGGGCUUAAAUACAGGGGUGACCUGAAGGCGCCUCCAUUUUCUAAUACUAUUUUUUUUUUCAGUUUAUCAAAACAGCAUCGGAAA